ACUGAAUAUGCCACACAAUAACGGGCCACUGAUCUGCUUUUAAUUUUGGGAUAUUUGAAUGUGCAAUCGCAUUGUGCGACCUUCCUGUUCGGCGGGCCGAUCGUCGUCUCGGCUACGUCCUCCCGUGUACCAUCAUUUCCGUCACCGUUCACACCUCAGUCGCCUGGGCAUAACUUACUUGGCAGUGCUCCUUCGACGCCAAUAAUCUCAAAAAUGGCAAGCCCAGUGUAUUCCUCGCCAGAGUGGUAUUUGAAGGCCCAGGACAAAGACGUCAGCAGCGACAUAGGUCGGCUGACCAUCUACCACCUCGGCUUCAAGCAGGCCGCGGGAGGUACCCUGCUAUUUGCGCCACUGGAAUUUUCCAGCGCCCCUCGAGCUGUGCUCGAUGUCGGAACAGCAGAUGGUCUCUGGAUGCGCGAGGUCCAGUCAACAAUUCCCGCGCCGCCUGAAGGCGACCAUACAUUCAUCGGCACGGAUAUCAACACGUCGUUCUUCCCUUCUACGAGCAUGAAGAAUAUCACAUACGUGAAGCAGGACAUCAAAGACCCAACGCCUGAGGUCUGGAAUCAUGCCUUCGACCUCGUCAAUCUCCGCAUGAUUCUUAUAGCCGCCGGCUCGGGAGUCGCGCAGCGCGCUGUGGUCAAUGAGCACAUCAAACUCGUGAAGCCUGGCGGUUGGAUUCAGAUUGGGGAUUGCGAUCGCGUUUGCCCGACGUCAGAAGCGGAGAAUCCACGCUAUCACGACAUGUUCGCGUGCAUCCGGGCUGUUUGCCAAUCAUCGGGGCUGGACCCCCUAGAAGCUCCAAAGAUGAAAUCGUGGCUCGAGGAAGCGGGGCUCGAGCAAGUACAAGAGCGGACGGCGAUGCGCGCGGUCGGGAAGCGGAAUGCAGAUGAGGAAUUGGGCAAACUGGGGAUUGGGGCGGAUCUGAUGAUCGCAAAGGGUUUUGCGGCUGGUGCGAAGGGGCUGAGUCCAUCUUUCAAGCCACUGCCGGAUGAGCGACUGGAUUCGCUGGUGCAGGAGCUAGAGACUGAGUUGACCGAAACAGGAGCGUAUUUUCCGAUGCGCUUCAUCUGGGCUAGGAAACCUUUCUAGAUGUACCACGUGGUGGGUACGAGAGAUGGACCUGGGGAAGCGGAUAUUUGCUGGAUGGUAGCUGGGUAAGGAUCAGGGCUCUGACGAUGUCACGAUUCGUGGGAUCGAGUGAGGAAGUAUGCCAAAAUCAUAAUGCUUAGAUAUCUUGGGCGAUAAAAUAGGCCGUAAGAAAGAUCACAUUACC